CUCAGAUUCUAUCUUCCUGCUUUCGUUCAGACUUGUAUAUAUUGUCUUUACUCUCCUUCGCACAGUCGCUUCUGUAUCAAAGUUUCAACUCUCUCAAUUCAUAAUCAAUUCCACCGCAGAAGUUCUCCUCAACUCUUUUCCCGUUUCCAUUUAAGCUGGGAAGUCUUUUCACUGGCCAGGGAAAUUGACAAACUCCCAGCCGGGAUGCAACCUCCAUCACCAAAAGUCCUCAUCAUCGGCGCAGGAAUCUCCGGCCCCAUCCUCGCUCUUCUGCUCAAAAUGAAAGGCUACUCUCCCAUCGUUCUCGAGAAAGUUCGUGAACUCGGCGAUGCAGGGUCGGGUUUGAUGCUCAUGCCCAACGGCCUCAAAGUCCUCGCGCUCCUCGAUCUCGCGUCCCCGAUCACCACGUCGGUUCCGAACGUGCAAGCGAUCCGUGAUUACACAUGGGCAGGGGAAGAAAUAGGUGGUACGGACUCACCUUCGACAUGGAAAGAGACUUAUGGACAGCCCGUUUGUGGCGUAAAGCGUAGUGUUCUGAACCUCGCUCUCAAAUCUGCCCUGAAAUCAUCCGGCAUCCCUCUCCUCGAAGGCUGGAAACUGGACUCCAUCGUCGAAUCCACGGAUGCCGUGACGGCAACCUCCUCCUCUGGGCUCCAAGAAACAGGUUCUUUCCUGGUAGCCUGCGACGGCAUCCGUUCCGCGGCUCGCGCGAUCCUGCUCCGUCAGAGAGGCGUCGUGGAGAUUGAGCCCGUGUUCACGGGAUUGGUGCAGGUUGCUGGGAUCUCGAGGACGCCGCACGCGGUGCUGGGGAAGAAGGGGGUGUGGAAGAAUUUCUAUGGGCCGGGACGACACUUUAUUACGUUUCCUAGUUAUCGCGUUGAGGAGGGGAUGACCGGGUGGGCUAUCACAAGCCGGUCCGAGACGAAGGAUGUCGAGACGUGGCAGUCGAUGGAUGCGGAUCAGCUGAAGGAUUUCAAGAGGAGGUUGAAAGCGGAGUUUGAGGGGUGGUGCGAGGAGGUUAGCGAGUUGGUGGAUGCGGCGGAGAAGGUGAUUAAGUAUGGACUUUAUGAUAGGGAGGCGCUGGACCCUGAGAAUUGGGUAAGUAGAGGCGGAAGGUGUGUGCUUGUGGGUGAUGCGGCACAUCCUACGAGUCCGCACUUGGGACAAGGCGCUAAUCAGGCGUUGGAGGAUUGUUGGUGGUUGUCUGAGCUGUUGCCGAAUGUUUGUGAUGGGGUGGAUGCCGAUGAGUUGAAGAGGGCUUUUAAGGAGUUCGCGGAGAAGAGACAGCCGAGAACUGCGGCGCUGGUGAAGGGGGCGAGGAUGCAAGGGGAGAUGAGAGUUGCAGGUGGUGGCGAGGAGGGGAGAACGAGGGAUGAGAGGUUGAGAGAUGGUUGGAGGGAUCUGGACGCUGUGAAGGCUAAGUGGGAUGGGUUGUUAAGAGGGCCGUUUUCAUGCUAGAGGAUGUAUCACGUCCACCACCUCAACCACGUUCACCCCUUCUCGUUUGCUUAAUCAGAACUUCUC